AUGUUCAGUGUGCGCACCGUUCCUCUUAGAUUGCGCCAGUGCAGCAAAUAUUAUUCUCCUUUCUUUACCAGACGCACCAUUCGCCAGGCUCUUGCAAUGUCUACCAUAUCCGAAGCAAUUAUCAAGGACCACCGUGAGAUAGAACAAUACUACAAUGAAGUGAUCAACAAUGCGGGCGACCAUGAUUACCAAACUCGGUAUGGGAACCAGUUCAUCUGGGAGCUCGCUCGCCAUUCUGUUGGCGAGGAGCUGGUUGUCUAUCCUGCAAUGGAGAAGUAUCUAGGUGAAAAGGGCAAAGACAUGGCGGAGAGCGACCGCAAGGAUCACGCAGUGGUCAAAGAGAUGCUCAAAACUUUCCAGAAUAUGAAAUCGUCUGACCCAGACUAUGUCAACCAGCUGCAGAAACUUUGGGGGCCCCUCUCGGAGCAUAUCAAGGAGGAGGAGGAACGGGAUUUACCCGCCUUGGAACAGCAGCUUCAGGCAGUCGAGGGGGAAUCGACAUCAAUGGCCACGAGCUUUGGUCGCACCAAAGCUUUUGUACCCUCACGCAGUCACCCUAGUGCUGGGGAGCAUCCACCAUUUGAGACUGCUAUGGGUUUGCUUGCUGCGCCAAUCGAUCACCUUGCUGACUUGUUCCGGAAGUUUCCUGAUCAGAAGGUAUCCCCCAAUCCUUCGACCAAGUAG